CACUCUAUGCCCGUGACACGUCGGGCCAGUGUCGAGAAGAAGUAUCGAGCAGGGCCGGGCUGGGGGCGUUCCUCCGGGGGGCUGCCGCUCGCUCAGUGGUGCCGAGCUGCGCCGGAGGCUUGUACCUUUUUAGGGCUUCUCUCCGGGGGGCGGAGGGGGGGACGCGUUCCCUCGUAGAGAGGAUUUUAUGAUUAUUUCACAAGUCGGAGGGGCCGGAUCCGCCGAAUGGAGCAUCGCCGCGCAGCACCUCUAGUCUCCCUCUCACACACACACACUCUUCACACACUCUCUCUCCGAGCUGCGAACAACCGGCACUGGCACUAGUCGUCUCGGCGCGAUUUUUAAUCGUUGUCUGGAUGUUAAAGACAAGGAGCCACUUGGUGAUAUAAUUAAGUAUUAUCUGUAGACACCGAAAUUACUAGGCAGCUGUAAAGAUGUCGCUUUACGUUGAAGGUCUGAGCAAGCGAGCCCCCAACAGCGGAAUGGCACAGUUUCAGGAAGUGAUGCGAAAGCAGCUGGAGGCUUCAAUGCACAAGGAGCUGGAGAAGCUGCUGUCCACAACCAAAGGCAUAGAAGCAGAGCUUGCCAGAAAGGACUUUGAGGGCUUCAAGAAGAUAUUCCACAGUUUCCUUCAAGCAAAGGGCCCCUCUGUGGACUGGGCAAAGAUUUACAGACCCCCAGAAGAUUUGAUCCAACCCUAUGACAAGAUCAAGGCCAGGGGGCUCCCGGAGAACGUGGCAGAAAGCCUCAACAAGUUGGUGGUGGUGAAGCUCAAUGGGGGUCUGGGCACCAGCAUGGGAUGCAAAGGGCCCAAGAGCCUCAUCAGCGUGCGCAACGAGAACACGUUCCUGGACCUGACUGUGCAGCAGAUUGAGCACCUGAACAAAACCUACAAUGUCGAUGUGCCGCUUGUCCUGAUGAACUCCUUCAACACGGAGGAGGACACCAAGAAGAUCCUGCAGAAGUACGCACACCACCGGCUGAAGAUCCACACCUUCAACCAGAGCAAGUACCCAAGGAUCAACAAAGAAUCCCUCCUGCCAGUAGCCAAGGACAUGAGCACAUUGGGGGAGAAUGCAGAGGCCUGGUACCCUCCUGGCCACGGGGACAUCUACGCCAGCUUCCGUAACUCGGGUCUCCUGGAUCAGCUGAUCACCGAGGGAAAGGAGUACAUCUUUGUGUCAAACAUCGACAACCUGGGUGCCACAGUGGACCUACACAUCCUCAACCACCUGAUGAGCCAGCCGGAUGGCAAGCGCUGCGAGUUCGUCAUGGAGGUCACCGACAAAACCAGAGCAGACGUCAAAGGCGGCACGCUGAUUGAGUAUGAUGGCAAGCUCAGGCUGCUGGAGAUUGCACAGGUGCCCAAGGCCCACGUGGAUGAGUUCAAGUCGGUGUCGAAGUUCAAGAUCUUCAACACCAAUAACCUGUGGAUCUCUCUGCCGGCCGUCAGGAGGCUGCAGGAGCAGAACUCCGUGGACAUGGAGAUCAUUGUCAACCCCAAGACACUGGACGGUGGGCUGAACGUCAUCCAGCUGGAGACGGCGGUGGGGGCGGCCAUCAAGAGCUUCGACAACGCACUGGGCAUCAAUGUGCCUCGCAGCCGCUUCCUGCCCGUCAAGACCACGUCGGACCUGCUGCUCGUCAUGUCCAACCUGUACAGCCUGGAGGCGGGAUCGCUCACCAUGAGCAAGAAGAGGGAGUUCCCCACCACACCCCACGUCAAGCUGGGCAGCUCCUUCACCAAGGUUCAUGACUUCUUAACCAGAUUUGAGAGUAUACCCGAUAUGUUAGAGCUGGAUCACCUAACGGUUUCUGGAGACGUCACCUUUGGCAAGCAGGUUUCUUUGAAGGGCACGGUGAUCAUUAUAGCCAAUCACGGAGACCGGAUUGACAUCCCUGCAGGCGCAAUGCUGGAGAACAAGAUUGUGUCGGGCAACUUGCGCAUCCUCGACCACUGAACACCCUUUAGUCACGUGACAGAUCGCACCACGACUGCCAGGGUGGAAGAUUGCGUCCAUUAUGUAAACAGCUGCGCUGGUGUGUUGACCUAAUGUGUCAUAUCUCUUCGCUGUUUUCACUCUUGUAUCAUAACCAGCGUUGAAUUCAUUCACAACCAUUUUUACAUGUCACGCUGAAGAACAGGGCUCUACAUGACUGUGAAACCCAACAGAAAGUAAGUCUGCAAGCAAGGUGUGUAAAGCAGUAGUCUCCGGCAGCUGAACGGUCUCCUCUGGGUCCUUACUUAGUCCUGGUCUCCAUUAAAGUGCAAUAGCCAUUCAGACAAGUCCUUUAGUGUGUGUGUUUUUGUGGGAAAGGACCUUCACACACCUCAGCGAUUUCUCUGAUGGCUUACCUUUCCACCUUAUACAGCUUCCUGGUCAGAGAUUAGACCCAGUUCUCUACAAGCCAACUCAGCCUUGGAAAGAUGCUGUGGCAGCAUUAGGGUGUUUUCCCACUCGUCUAUUCUAAAUCAUUCAGCCUACAAGAAAUCUCUCUUGGUAAUUAAUACCUGUCAACAUUUUAUAGCUUGAAUGUUAUGCAUGCUCAGCUCUACAAUGCAUGUUGUAGUCCUAGGUUUGGAGAUACUUUUGACAUCACACACAUUCUUUAGCAACCAAAUUUUUAACCAUCACCUGGUUGCUGACUGUCAUAUUGUCUGAUUUGCUUAUUAAGUGCUAAUGUAUUCCAAGUCAAUUAGCUGGCCUAGAGAAAGAAUCUGUGGCAAAUUUUGCUGUUCUUGCUGCACAGUGAACCUUCCAAUUUUUUUCAUACUUUAGUCUCAACCCUUCAACUACUGGAGGAAAUGAGUCAUGUAGUGGGACAAAAGGUGGCUUAGCAGAGCUGUCACCUUGCAAUCAAGGACAUAGGUUUGAAUCCCUGCUCCUCCUGUAGUACCCUAGAGCAGGUACUAGCCAAGAACUGAUAGUGAAAAAACCAACCUAUAUAAAUAAGAAAAAUUUCUUUACUUGCCCACUUAGACUUUACAAACAUUUUGGAGCAGAACACUACACUUAACUCUGGAUUGUGAACAUUUGGCAGUAACCUGUACUGUGGCCGUGCUAGAGGUUAGACUAAGGAGCAGGGGGUCCGUGGGAGGAGCAUUGCAAUACUCUAAUACUAAACUCGCAUGAUUUCCAAGGAAGACAAACAGGCAUCGUUUCCACGUUUUAUUUAGUCAUUUAAAUGUCAGGACAUUUUUCGGUUCUCAGGCAUGCCAUCAGAUUGGUUUUGUUCCUCGUUCCACGGCCUGCCUUGGUAGGAACCCAAGGCCCUGCACACAUGCAGGACAGCCCAGUAGGCACUCAACACAGAAUAUGCACCGUUCAAAGUAGUGCGGUCUUUGAUAUCUAUCAAAAGUAGGCACUUUUGAGUCACCACUGAACUGUAUCGCACUAGUAACCUAGUCAGUACAAACAGUCACCCCCAGUAGGUGAAUAGAUUUUUCCACUCUUUGAAGGAGAUCUCCUUCACACAAUACUCAAACUUUAAAUUACUGGGCGUUAGGGUACUGGGGAUGUGAUGGGGAGGGAGAACGGGGGGAAGAAAAGAGGGAGAAAAAAAAAAAAAAACCCACUUGUCAAAC